AUCCAUACACAGAAAGAAAUCAAUAGCUGCUUAUUUCAAUUCCCAACAAAUUAUAUAAUCCCCUUUUUCGCUCUCAUUAAUUGCGCAAUUCAAAGCUGUCAAAUUCGGAUUACGACGAUAGAUACAGUUAUUCGGAUUCCAUUAUAAAUUCUGCCUUUUUGCUUCAUUUGCAGAAUUCACGCAAGAAUAUUUUGUGAGAUAUAAUCCAGAUCUAGAACUCGCCUUUCGUUUCAUCUCCCAAAUUAUUUCAGGUUUUAAAAAAUGGAAGGUGUUGUAGUUAGGAGAGUAAUUCCUUCCGACAAUAGUUGCCUCUUCAAUGCGGUCGGUUAUGUCAUGGAUCACAACAAAAACAAGGCUUCCGAGCUGAGACAGGUUAUAGCAGCAGCAGUAAGCAGUGAUCCAGAAAAAUAUACCGAAGCAUUUCUUGGAAAGACUAAUGAAGAAUACUGUACAUGGAUUCUUAAUCCGGAAAAAUGGGGAGGUGCGAUUGAGCUUGCUAUAUUGGCAGAAUAUUAUGGACGAGAAAUUGCAGCGUAUGAUAUACAAAACACGAGAUGCGAUUUGUAUGGGCAGGAAAAGAAGUACGAGGAAAGAGUGAUGCUUAUUUACGACGGGCUCCAUUAUGAUGCUUUGUCUAUGUGUCCGUUCGAAGAAGCACCAGAGGAAUUUGAUCAGACGAUAUUUGCUGUCCAGAAGGACAGAACAGUGGGGCCCGUUGAGAGCCUAGCCCUUAAUCUCGUUAAAGACCAGCACAGGAAGAGGAGUUAUACAGACACGGCUAAGUUCACUUUACGGUGCGCUGUUUGCCAAAUCGGAGUUGUAGGGCAGAUGGAAGCGGUGGCGCAUGCACAGGCAACCGGCCAUGCAAAUUUCCAGGAAUACAGGUCAUGAAAAAACAUAGCCUGGAAUCGAAUCGGACGGACCAGAUUUGUCGAAAUGUGUGGAUUCUAUAAAUCUUUUUUUUUAAUAGCAUUUGGACAUUUGAGUUACUGCUGAUCUGGUGCAAUUGUUGUUGUAAACUUGUAACAUUUUACAUGUACAUUUACUUCUCUUUUCUUCUUUCUUUUGGUACAUAAAAUGUACAAUUUCUCGAGUUUAUUUGAUAAAGAAUUUUUCUGAAGUUUA